AUGCUGCGCCCGUCGCUCCUCCGGACGGCCGCGCGCCGCGCCGGCCACCCGCGGCAACGGCGGUCCUACGCCCUGGCGGCGUCGCCGCGGUGCCUCCCGGCGACGCCCAGCGACCGCCGCGGUCCGACGUCGUCGAGCAGCGCCUACUGCCGCUACGGCACGUCGCGCGGCCUGAGCUCGCGGGCGAAGCGCGACUACUACGAGGUGCUGGGCCUGAGCAAGGGCGCGAGCGACGCGGAGGUGAAGAAGGCCUACCGCCAGCUCGCGAAGAAGCACCACCCGGACACGAACCAGGGCGAUCCCGACGCGACGAAGAAGUUCCAGGAGGCGUCCGAGGCCUACGAGGUGCUGAGCGACGCGGAGAAGCGGCGCGGCUACGACAUGUACGGCCACGCGGCCCAGGACUUUGGCGGCGGCGGGCCCGGCGGGCCCGGCGGCGACCCGUUCGAGUCGUUCCGCCGCGGCUUCGGGGGCGGCCAGGGCGGCCCGUUCGGCGGCGGCGGCGGCUUCGGCGGCCAGCCGGGCAACGAGCAGUUCGAGGACCUGCUGAACGAGUUCUUCGGCGGCGGCGGCCGGCGGCGCCGGGGCCCGCGGCGCGGCGCGGACCUGCAGCUCGCGCUGCGGCUGUCGUUCAUGGAGGCGGCGCGCGGCGUCGAGAGCAAGGCCAUCGAGUGGCACGACGUCGGCCGCGACGGCCGCCGCGGCGACCGGCGCUCCGUCGACGUCGCCGUGCCGCCGGGCGUCGACACGGGCAUGCAGAUCCGCCUCUCGGGCAAGGGCGGCGCGGGCGACGCGGGCGCGCCCGCCGGCGACCUCUUCGUGCAGAUCGAGGUCGAGCCGGACCCCUACUUCGACCGUGACGGCGCCGACGUCCACGUGGACCUCGAGCUCGACUUCGCCGACGCGGCGCUCGGCGCGACGAAGGACGUGCUCACGCUCGACGGCAUCGUCGAGAUCAAGAUCCCGCCGGGCACGCAGCCGGACACGAAGCUCCGGCUCCGGGGCAAGGGGCUGCCCGUCAUGAACAGCCGGGGCCGCGGCAACCAGAUCGUCCGCGUCCACCUCGCCGUGCCCCAGGCCCUCUCCCCGAAGCAGCGGGAGCUCCUCGAGGCGUUCCGCGCGGACGCGGGCGAGCCGAAGACGACCGCGCAGGCCGCGCUCGACCGCCUCCGCGCCUUCUUCAGCGGCUGA